AUGAAGCUGAUCAAAGGCCUGGAUGCAAAAGGCCUGGCUGGCCCAGCAGAUGCCAGGCCGGAUGCAACAAAAGACCUUGAUGUGCAAGUUGGGGAGCUGCUGCCCCACCAGGUGGAAGAACCCUUGCCCAACCAGCUGGUGCCUGAGAGUUGGGAGGACCGCGUUGAUCCCGAAGAUCGCUCAGAGGACCUCCCCUUGCCCGACAUGCUUCUGGCAAUGUGCUGCAGCUGCCAUCACGACGGAGACAGCGGGCUCCACAUCGAAGAGGGAGCAUUCGUGCGCACAUGGCCCAGCAAAGCCAGUGGCAACAUGGCCUACGUCGAACUGCUGGACGAUCCGAACUGCUGGGGAUAUCUCCCGGCACAUCUCCUCGAGACUGCAUUCCCGGGCUACGUGUGGGCAAAGGUUCUGCACAGCCCCUCGCUGAUCCAAUUGCCGGACCAGCUGGAAGUCGGGGUCGGUGGCUUCGUCCUUCUCGACGAGUCAUCGGAGAAGGAUGGAUGGAUCCAUGCUGAUGAGCCGCUGUCUGGUCUCAGUGGCCGCAUCAAGAAAGACUGGCUGGACCUAGAUGUGGUGCAGUAG